UGUUGCUGCUGUGACUUUCUUUUUUUCUGUGAGUUUCGGAACGAGACAGCUGGCAGCCGCAAACAGGCAGUAGCGCAUCGGCGACCGGUAACAGAGGGGAACAAAUACAGGGUCCAUAGCCAGCCUAAGAAACGCCAGUCAUGACAGGAAGCUUCAUCGUCCUUGGGUUUUUGAUGCUCUCAUUCCUGGCCAUUGCAUUCUCCGUGGAACCUGAGUGUCCACAACUUAAAUGUAUGGCUGAUAAUAAAGUGGCCUGUUUCAUCGACGAGGAGCGUUGCAACUGUAGAUGCGUCUCUGACAGCGACCCUUGUGCGUCCUUGCUGAACCACCCUUGCCCUGAAGCUCAUACCCUCAGCUGUACAAGCGAGGCCAUCACGUGCAAGUGCCGAUGCGUUCUGAAAUGACGGACACGUCACUGCUGGUGAACGAAGUCGGCACGACACGUGGCACCACAUUGGAAUCGCCUUUUUUCAUAGGCAUCACUGGAUUGCGGUAAAGCAUAUAUAAUGAUUGAAUAAAGGCCCUUAUAAUAAAAUUUUGUUGCAUCUUUCUGUA